UUUACAGAGGAGUGCUCGAAAUCUGCUAGCAUGAGUUCAGACGGUGUGAAUUAGGAGAUGAUUUCUGGUUUAAACUCUGAUUUCAACUUUGUCGAAGCCCCAUGAUGGAGAGCCGGGAGCAGCGAACUCUUCUGUCCGAGCGCGAGUCUCCAUCCGCGGCUGAGAGGUCUGAGGUCAGCGAUCUGCAUCCUGCAGCAGAUGAUCGGGUUCGAGAGGUGGAGAAAAGAGGGCCCUACAUCAUGUCCAAAACCCCUGCUCUCCACACCAGACUGCAGAAACACAGAGAUUCAGCCAGACGAGCGCUGCAGAAGAGAGGACUGAGCUCCGGCAGAGCUGUGCUUCAGCAGCCCAGACACAAACCAAAGACAAUAAAGUUCAACAGGGGAUACACGGCACUGAGCCAAACUGGAGAAGAUUCGCUCAUCUCGCUGGACUCAGACAGUGAUGCAGAGCUGGAUUGUUCAUCUGGAUAUUCUUCAGCAGAGGUUCAUCCAGACCUGAGCCGGCAGCUGCUGAAGGACGGAUAUCACCUGGAUGAAAUCCCUGAUGAUGAAGAUCUGGACCUGAUCCCCCCUAAAGCCUUGAGCUCCUCUGUGUGCUGCUGCGCUGAGGUUUCAUCCUGCUGCGUGCAGUGACUGAAGCACAAAACACCACAUAAGCUCUUUAUUUCACUGUUCUCUCUUCUGUCCCGCAAUUCAGGAAAACAGUCGUCUGAAUCACAAGGUGUCUAUUCUGAAUUGCAUGACAAAGAAGUCUGCAUCUCAUAAUUCUGACUUUUAAUGCAAUUCAGACAAAAAAUUAUCUGAAAGAAAGAUGUUGACAUGGAGUUGCUUGAGUUUAAAAGAAUUCUCAACUUUUGCCACUAGAGCAAAUGUUUAAGCUUCGUUGCUUUUCUGAGGUAAAACUCAGAUUUGCACGAAAAAAAAAGUCUGAAUUCUGAGUUUCCCACAAGAUCUACAGCUCUUUAUUUCAUCAUUCACACUUCUUUCUUGCAGUUUAGGAAAAAUAGUCUGAAUCACAAAGUGUUAACUUGGAAUUGCAUGAAAAGAAAAGUCUUGCAUCUCAUUAUUCUGACUUUGAAUGCAAUUCAGAAAAAAACAAUCUGAAACUAAAGAUGUUAACAGUUUAUUUAGUCAUGAAUGCAAUGUUUGUCAUUAGAGCAUUUUUUAGGCUUUAUGGCAGUUCUGGGAUGAAAUGGUGAUCUCAGAUUUGCACAAAAAUGACUGAAUUCUGAGUUUGUCACAAUGUUGACUGAGUUUGCCGUGAUUGAAGCAAAAAACAGCAGAAACAGCUCAAAGCUCUUUCUUUGCUUCACUAUUUCUUUAUACUUCUGUCUUGCGGAUCAGAAAAAUACUAGUCUGAAUCACAAGCUGUUAAUUCAGAAUUGCAUGAAAAAGAAGUCUUUCAUCUCAUAAUUUUGACUUUCAAUGCAAUUCAGAAGAAUCAAAAGAUGUUAACAAAGAGCUGCAUGAUUUAAAAAAGUCCUACAUCUCACUGUUUUGACUUUUUUUUCUUUGCCAGAGUUACAGCUUUGUCAAUAGAACUAUUUUGUUAGGCUUUAUUGCAAUUUUGAGAUAAAAUUCUAGACUCAGAUUUGCACUGUGGGACAAGUCUGAAAAAACAUUUCCAAGAACAAGUCUGAAUUUAAAGAUGCUAAUUCAGAGAUGCAUGAUUUGAACAUUCAGACAUCUCAUUGUUUUGACUUGUUGUUUUCCUGAGUUGUGACUUUAUUUCGUCACUUUUACAAGGUUUUAGGCUUCAUCACAUUUCUGAGAUAAAAUUGCAAACUCAGAUUUGAGAAAACAAAAGUUUUUCGCAGUUAUUCUGACUUAAUACAAAAAAAGCAAAUUUUGCACAAACAAACUUUGAAAUGUUUGAAAAGGCGUGUUUUUUUCUCAGAAUUGUGACUAAAGCCUUGAAAAAUGUCUUUUUUGCUAUUAUUUUGACUUCUGACAACUGAAAUUU